AUGAGGCGCGCCUCCAAGCCCAAGACAACGCAGUCGCGCGGCAUCAGCAAGCCCAGCGUGCAGCGCCUCGCCGCCUCGCCGGCUCUGCAUCCACCUCCGAAGAGCGAAUUUUACAUUGGCGAGGAUUCGCGGCUGAAGGCCGUCGAGGAUGUGGACGUCUUUAGUCGCCACCCCUCUCCACGUGCUCUCGGCGGCGCGGCAGACGCAGCGAGCAAAUUUCCGGGCGGCCGCACCACGGCUGGCUACCCCUAUCUCUUGCAACGGCUCUCCGACCACGUCUACAGCGUGUGCGCGUACUGCCGCGACCCUUCCCUGGGCGCCCGCUUCGUCUUCAAAAAGAUCAAGGGCUUCAAGAGGGCGGUGUGGGUCCCGCCGCCAAACUGCGGCCUAGGCGGUACUGACGCGCCGGCCGGCGCGGCCGUGGUGGACACGCUCCACUUGCACAUGGUCGACAAGAGCAACGGCCGCUCGAGGCUGACCGGGGAGGCACUUUGCCGCUCCGUCUCCUCCGAGACGACGCACCUCUUCAUCAACUCGUUCAAGGACGCCCCCGCCCUCGCCGACGCAAUCUCGCGGUGCGGCGCGCUGCAGGUCGUCACCAUCUUCGAGUCGAAUGUCUCCCAGGCCGUCGUCGAGGCCCUCGCGGCCAAAGGCGCCAGCCUGCGCGGACUGCUGAUCGACAAGUGCACGCCCGACGGGCUCGGCACCGGAGACGGCUGCUGGGCGUCGCUUUUCGCGGCGUCGCCCGGCCUCCUCUGGUGCACGCUCAACAUGUCGGUCGGAUGGCCCUUUGGCGCACACUCGUGGGAGACCCUCCCGACCUCGCUGCGAGCGCUCUCGGUGACGCAGCCCAUGUACGGCGUCGGCGCGGCACAGCCCGCCGAGGUCGAGGCGCUGGCCACGGCGGCGAAGCGGCUUCCGGCGCUCAAGUGGCUCAAGAUCGGCAACGCCGACCCCGGGCUGUGA